AGGAAGGAAGGAGGCGCCGUUCGAAGACGUGUAUUGGUGUAUAUAUGUGCAUGUAUGCGUAUAUGUGUGAGUUCGCGAGAGAGAAUACAGUACGGGACGCCAUUUUGUCUGUGCUGGACUAGAGCUACAUUUUCCAGAAAAAGCCACUUCCGGAAAACCGCCAGAGACCUAAAGAGCCGUGACGCAACCUGUAAUGUAUCUGUGAUAAGGUGUUUUGAAGGUAUUCGAGUCUGGCAUGAUUUCGUAGACAUUUCCGAGUUGUCUGCAUAGAGUGAAAAAAAAGGGGGCGACAUCAAAAAGGAAGGAUACAGCUAUUAUAUAUAUAUCUACACGUAUAAACGCAUAUAAACGGUACUACAAUUUUGUUGUGCAUAGACUUCUAAUUAGAUAACGAGAAAAUAGAAGAAAGAUAAUAAGAAAUUAUAUCGUGGGUGUGUAGAAACGUAUUUCAAUCAAGAUGAGUUCUAGAGACGACGAGUACGACUAUCUCUUUAAAGUGGUCUUGAUCGGAGAUUCAGGCGUCGGCAAGAGUAAUCUACUUUCACGAUUUACUAGGAAUGAAUUCAAUUUGGAAUCAAAAUCGACCAUAGGCGUGGAAUUUGCAACCAGGAGUAUACAGGUUGAUGGUAAAACAAUAAAAGCACAAAUUUGGGAUACGGCUGGUCAGGAGCGGUAUCGUGCUAUCACAGCCGCCUACUACAGAGGUGCAGUUGGUGCUCUUCUUGUCUACGACAUUGCCAAGCAUCUGACCUACGAGAACGUCGAACGUUGGUUACGCGAACUGCGCGACCAUGCUGACCAGAACAUCGUCAUCAUGUUGGUCGGCAACAAAUCCGAUUUGCGCCAUCUGCGCGCGGUCCUCGCCGAAGAAGCCAAGGCCUUCGCUGAACGCAACGCUCUGAGUUUCAUCGAGACUUCCGCGCUGGAUUCAACCAACGUCGAUAAUGCUUUCCAGAACAUACUCACAGAGAUUUAUAGAAUCGUGUCGCAAAAGCAGAUCAGGGACCCACCAGAGGGUGAUGUUAUCAGGCCCCAGAACGUGCAGCCCAUAGACGUGAAGCCUACCAUGACUUCAGACAAUGUGCGUAAACAAUGCUGCCAGUAACAGCAAUAAACACAAAAGAGAAAACAUACCAACACAUGCGGUCAGGAUGGUGUAAAUACGUUUUAUCGAAGGGGAGAAAGUAUUUAAGUAACAAAAAAAUAAUAUAUAUAUAUAAUUGCUUAAUUGCAGACAACCAGCCGUAUAUAUAUAAUAAAAAAGAAAUAAUUUAAAAAAAGGUAAUAGAAGUAGCGCUAAACUACACGAAACACUGUGUUUUAUCGUUUAUAAUUCUGGAUGUCCUUAAAAAAAAGUAAUACUAUAUAUAAAAAGAAUAAUGCAAUAUUGUGACUCAGCAGUGAACAUUGAAUUUAAGCCUCGUUUGUUAUGUUCGUUGUUUUUUUUUAUGGAAUCGCUGCACAUUUUUUAGUGAAACGCAUUGUAACAAUUUCGAACUGGUGGAAAUUCAUUUAUCUUCGUCGAAAAUAACGUAAUAAGCUUUCAACU